AUUAAUAUUGUCUUUAACCAAAGAUACAUAUCAAUCACUGGGACUCGAAGGGAAGGUUUCUCAGUUUGCUAAGAAUAACAGGCUUAAAUACAACGAUGCCUCGUCACCGCGACGUACCUUCCUUAGAGAGUCUGAGUUUGGAGGCAGUAGGUGGAUUUGUAGUAGCAUUGACACCGCCAAUCCUGGCGACAAUAGAUGUCUACUCCCAGCCGCAAGCCGCUCUCCAGAGCAGCAUAGAUUGGCUCAAAGAGCUUCUGGUGUCUCAUAUACCACUCUACUUGUUCGAUAGUAUGGCAGUGCAAGUUUUGAAUGCCGUCAAAGAACUUAUUGAACAAACAAAAAAGUCGUACUUUCCAUAUGUAAAUAUGUCUACAUUUAUGACGAAAAUGAACGUGGUUGUGGGUUUGACUGAAGUUGUUCUGAACAAAUAUCUAAAGCAGAUCAAUUUUUCACUAUGGCCAAAAAUUAUGCGUUACGUGUUAUACAAGAAUAUGUAUCAGUUGGAGGGAUUGGAGGUGUUAAAUUUGGGUUCCUGCAUCGGUGGUUGGCGAUCGAGCGAGUACGAUAAAUUUAUAAAAGACGGCAUCUCGCAAAUGAAAAACUUACGAUCGUUGUGCCUCUGUUUCGACUGCACUGAUUCCAUUUUACAAAUCCUAGGAGAAAAUUGCCCACAUCUGCAAUGCUUAGAUGUGACAUCAUCAAGGUCCGUAACCGAUCGUUCGAUUCCUCAUUUACUUAAGUGUCAACAGUUGCGCGAGCUCCAAUUAAAUCGUACUUCCAUUAGCAUCGAAGGUUUUGCUCACUUAUUGUUAGGUUUAGAAAAGUUGCAGGAUAUUGGGCGAUGCGACGAACUCGGAAGUAUUAUACAAUACUUGGAUGAUAAUUAUGCACAUUGCGAAUCUCUGGGCUUGCGAAAAAUCCAUACUAGAGAUGUAAAUACUCAGUCGCUCAGAUUAUUAGUCAAUUUAUGUCCAAAAAUCGAGCAAAUUAGCUUAUUCCACGAUGAACGUUUCACAGAUCUGACAGCCUUAUCAACUCUUUACAAUUUGAGAGAUCUGAAGCUUCUCUCUUGUGAUUUUUACUCGUAUUAUCUGAAUAGCCUCUUGGAAAUUCGCGGUGCGAAUCUGACCAGUCUUCACUUGGAGCAUGUCGAAGAUAUCGACUUAAAUGCGUUGAUAUUCGUAAGCCAACAUUGCCCUAGACUUAAGAAUCUCGUGCUAUAUAAUUGCGAUGUAAUUGAUAAGAUGACCGUCCACAAUCGUUAUUUGAAAGUAAAGCCGUUUCAAUGUUUGGAGCGCAUAUUUUGGGUCGUCGAUUGCGCGUUUUCCCAUUUGGAAUUCAUCUUGUUGCAUAGCUUCAAUAUCAAAUAUAUACAUUUGGGUUCUUCUACUGGAAUUCUACACGAGUCUUUGGCUAACGUUAUGGCUGUGAAUCCGAUGCGCGAACUGGAAGAGUUGAGAAUUUUGUACAGCAACGACUUGAGCAUGACAACGGUGAGAAUGUUGUUGGACAGUUGUCCGAAGUUGAGAGUACUUUCGGAACUGGAAGGUUGGCAAGGUGUUUCUGUUGAAGAAUUGGAGGAUUUCAAGAAAUAUGUUGCUAGUCAUAAUUUAGAUUUAAACAUAAAACCUAUACUAUCUUACUGAUAUUUCUGUUAUCCUAAUCUCGAUUAAUAAUUUAUAAUCCAAUAUAAAAGAUUAAUCCAGUUUAGGAUAUCCAUAUAUUAAAAAGCUUUCUUCGAGCAUAUGUAGAACGUUUUCCAUAGGUACUAGAUCUAGUUUACUUUUCAGUCUACGUGAUAAUGAAUAUUAGUAAUAACAAACAGGGUCACACAAAAAGUAUGUAUCAUAUGUCGCAAGUCAACCUAAUCUUCCAUGAUCUUUUUUAUUUUCUAAUUGUGAUGCAAACUUUUUGAAGGGCUAAAUCAUAUAUACAUAUAAAAUAACUACAUACAAUGAUAUAUCAUAUAUUUUUUUAUUAGAUUAUUUGUAUUAGUACUGGUGUCAACUAUAUUAUAAAUAUAGUUUAAGGAAUGUUGUGAUAAAUGCAAAUUAUUUAUUAUAAAUACAGCAUAUUGAAACCAAUAAUAUUGGCUUAAUGCAUGCAAUUGCAAAUUACUAAAUAAUCGAGCUUUAACAUUUAAUCUGUGUGGAAUUAUAAAUACGAUACGUGUUUAACUAAGAGAUAAAUGUGAUGGAAUAUGGAAACGGGAAACAUUUUUUUGUUUUCAUUUCAAGUACACUGUAAGUCAUAAAGUCAAAUCAGAUUGUAUUAUGUAAUAAUAAUAUGAAAAUAAAGAGGAAACACAAUCGUUGCCAAUUAUUAUGCCCUAAACCAAGCCUGACUAACUAUUUUAUAACCAUGUAUAUAUAAUUAAUGUACGGUGAGUUAAUAAA